AUGAUGGCUGCAGCGCAACAACACAGGAAAAAGAGAUCCCUGGCAAUCAGAAAAACGGAUGCUAUGAAUCACGCAGAAAGACAAAAUGGAACAGUUUUGGACCAAAUUUGGAUGCAAGGCGAUCCCUCCUCGUUUUUGAAUCUAUCAACAUCAGAAAAUCAAACAAAAUCAGAAAAUCAUCAAAAUUUGGCGGUAAUUGAAGAAGAUGAAAAUUUGAAUUAUUUAGAGAAGGAUCCAUUAAUUGAAAAUAGCGAUGGAAAUAAAACUUUAAAAAUAAAACAAAAACCAGAAGAGAGGGAAAAUGAGAGGAUCCCCCAACAACCGUCGGAAUUUAGGGAAGAGGAAAAUUCUGUUGUUUUGAGACUAAACAUUGGAGGAGUACCUUUUUUUGUUCUUGUUGAAGCUCUUUUGCAUGCUGAUCCAAGUACCUUCCUUACCAAAUUUGUGCAGCUAUCUCAUAGAGCUAAAUUGAAAGUUGCUGAUGCUUUUUUGCUCCCUGAACGUGCCUAUUAUUUCCAAAGAUCACCACUUGCUUUUGAAGCAGUUUUUCAAUACUAUGCUAAUGGAGUUGUGCACAAACCCCCUGAAUUAUGUCCUUCCGCAUUUAGUGCCGAACUUGAAUUUUGGCGUGUGCCAACAAGCUAUAUUGGCGCUUGCUGUUCUGAUUCGGUUUCACCACUUGAACGGCUUCUAGAGUCAAGUAAAGAGGAUAAAGUGGAUGAUACAAGCUUUGAGAAAUUGAGAUUUGGGCAGUUUAGACGAAGAAUGUGGACAUUUUUGGAGAGACCAGGGUCGUCUAUGCAGGUUUUCGAAUUAUCUUCAACAAUGUUUGUUAUGAUAUCAGUUCUUGGCUUAAGUUUUGGAACAAUACCUGAUUUUCAGGUCUGUAAACCAUAA